UCUCUCUCUCUCUCUCUCUCUCUGCUUUGCCUAACCAUCCGUCCAUCCGCGACCAUACCAGAGGCUCCCCGCCUCGAGAUUCUUUACAUGGUGCAGCCGGCAAGAACCUUCCCUCCCCGGCGCAAAGGGGCUCGCUUUCCUUGAGGAGGGGCACUGUCCCUUUCCCCUGCAUUUACCCUCUGUUUUCAAGCUCUUGUUGUUCUUGCUUCUUUGGAGGAAUGGCGGCGGGCCUGCUUCUCAAGGUGGUCGGGUUCUGCGUCUGGGCCCUCUUCUGGCUCGGCGGCACCGCCACCGUGAGCACCACGGCCCUCGCGGGCGGCGACGCGGUGGUCGUGGACGCGCGGUCCGCCGUCGCGGCGACGGACGACGACUUCAUCUGCACCACAUUGGACUGGUGGCCGCCGGACAAGUGCGACUACGGCACCUGCAGCUGGGGCCUCGCCUCCCUCCUCAACCUGAAUCUCUCUAACAAAAUCCUGCUGAAUGCCGUCAAAGCAUUCUCCCCUCUGAAGCUCCGGCUGGGCGGCUCCUUGCAAGAUAUGUUGAUAUAUGACACUGGUGACUCUGGGCAACCAUGUACUCCAUUCGUGAAGAACACGUCUGCGAUGUUUGGUUUCUCGCAAGGUUGCCUACCGUUGCAUAGAUGGGAUGAGCUAAAUGCUUUCUUCCAAAAAUCUGGGGCAAAAAUUAUUUUUGGGUUGAAUGCUCUGAAUGGCCGGGUCCCAAUGCCUGAUGGUUCUUUAGGGGGGCCAUGGAAUUACACGAACGCAGCUUCUUUUAUUCGCUACACUGUCAACAAAGGCUACGAUAUCCAUGGAUGGGAGCUCGGAAAUGAACUCAGUGGUAGUGGAGUUGGAGCCCGGAUUGAUGCAGACCAAUAUGCAGCAGACGUGAUCAAUUUGGAACACAUCAUUGACAGCACCUACCAAGGCAACCCAUCAAAGCCUCUAGUACUUGCACCAGGAGGUUUCUUUGACGCAGCCUGGUUCAAUGAACUCGUCAGCAAAACAAAGCCAGGUCAAAUGGAUGUGAUCACUCAUCAUAUCUAUAAUUUAGGCCCUGGUGUUGAUGACCAUCUUAUCGAGAAGAUUCUCAAUCCAUCUUACCUUGAUGGCGAGGCAAGCACGUUCAGCAAUCUUCAGGGGAUACUGAAGUCUGCAGGGACGUCCACAGUUGCCUGGGUUGGCGAAGCUGGAGGGGCUUACAACAGUGGUCACCACCUUGUAACUGAUGCAUUUGUGUUCAGCUUCUGGUACCUGGAUCAGCUUGGGAUGUCAUCAAAGUAUGACACAAAAAGUUACUGUAGACAGACCUUGGUUGGUGGGAACUAUGGCCUGCUCAACACAACUACAUUUGAACCAAAUCCUGACUAUUACAGUGCUUUAUUAUGGCAUCGCCUCAUGGGAACCACGGUGCUCUCGACAACAUUCAAUGGCACAAAUAUGAUCCGUGCUUAUGCACAUUGCGCGAAAAAAUCGCAAGGGAUUACUCUGCUCCUGAUCAAUCUCAGUGGCAACAAUACAAACCGCAUUUACGUGACGAGCGAAGGCGCCCAAACCCAGAGUGCAAGGAAGGAGGGCAGAAGGUUUAGUCACAUUCCUGGUCUUGGUGAAGCAGCCGAGCUUACAAGAGAAGAGUACCAUCUCACUCCUAAAGACGGGAACUUGCAGAGCCAACAAGUGUUGCUGAAUGGUAAUGUGUUGGCAACUGACGCCAAUGGAGACAUCCCAAAGCUGGAGCCAAUGCAGGUGGAGGGAACAAAGCCCAUAACCGUGGGUCCUUACUCCAUUGUGUUUGCUCACAUCCCCAGCUUCUAUGCUCCUGCCUGUAGGUAGAUAUUUAUAUGAUUUUUUCACCUUCUCGGUGUGAAUGAUGCUAUUGUCAUAGAUUAGAUGAUGUCUGGGUGAUCGGCGAAGCUUGUUCACCUGGACACAAAGUAAGCUGUAAGGCUGAAAGAUUUGUGAUUUGUCAUUCAUUUAAGAAAGAAUUGUCCAGAUAAUGGUUGAGCAAAAGGAAAGGAAAAUGAUAAAUAAAUUAAAAGAAAAAAAGAUUUGCAGUUUUGGUCCA